AUGAACCCAACAUUACCUUUUCCUGGAAGCCGAUCGACCGCGCAUCAUCACCGCGAAGUCACUGAUCAGCAACGGUGGCCAAUGGGAUGCCUUCAAGGAUGGAGUCAUGCUUCCUCGACGAUCCAAAUGGUCCGUCACAAAUUGAAAUGCCGGAAAUUGUUGAAAACAAUUCUGCAAGUUCCAAGGCCUGGGUCCGAGAAAGUUCCCUCCCUGCCCAGAUGGACAGAAAAUGCUCAGCUGAGUCCGACCGAUAUUAAUGGUUCGUUCCACAAACAAGGAGAGAGAGUAGAGAUCGAAAAAAAAAAACUGUGA